AUGACUGAAGUUCCAAGCGACAAACGACAAGUACUCCAAACUACUUGGUCCAAAAUAUUCGCCGAGAUUGAACAACCCGAGUUCAAAUCUGCUUUUGAUUCCGAACAUCAAAUGUAUGUUAAUUUUUUUGAACAAUGUGCAUUUGACGAUUUUGACUUGACCCUCCUUCGUUUCUUAAAAGCCCGAAAGUUCAACGUCAACGAUGCUUCUAGUAUGCUUACCAACGCUAUUCGCUGGAGACAUCAAGUGGACUUACGUGGCAUUAUGUUGCGCGGCGAAAAGGGUUUAAAUCAAGACUUUGUGAAAGCUUCUAUGUACUUUAUUUGGGGUCAAGACAGAGCUGGAAGGCCAAUCGUUUUCUUGAACCUUCAUAACUUCAUCCCCCCUAAGGACGCACAAAAUAUGCAAGAACUUAAGGCGCUUAUUCUUUAUGCCAUGGAAAAUGCUCGUUUAUUUUUGGACUCCGAACAAAACUCUUUAAAAGGCGUCUUGGGCUUAGUCGAUUUAACCUAUUUUUCUAGAAAAAACAUUGACUUGGAAUUUGCCAAGGUUUUUGCCGAGACCUUCCAAAACUAUUAUCCAGAAAUUCUGGGCCAGGCCUUGGUUGUCGGUUCUGGUUUUCGAAUGGCCUUGUUUGAAGGUGUUUGGAGUAUUGGUAAAUACUUUUUGGAUGCAGAAGUGCGUAAAAAAAUCACUUUCUGUAAACCUUAUCAAGUCAAAGAUUACCUUGACGAUAAAUACAUCCCAAUUUCUAUGCAAGGCCAGUUUAAUGAAUCCAAAAUUUAUGAUAAUGCGCCUCCAGAACCUGCUGGCGUCGGCAGCAAAGAGCAAUUUAAGACUUUGGAUGACAAAUAUGUUGAAGCAGCUAAAGAAUUCAUUAGUGUUACUAGAGAAUGGCUUUACGCCGCAGGGAAGCCCAACGAGAAAGAUUUAGAACAAAAACGCAAGGAAGUCAAAUCAAAAUGCAAACAGCUUUGGCGUGAAGGCCUCUCUCUUCGUCCUCCUAACAUUUAUCAACGACUUGGUCUUAUCGAUUCUAAGGAUUCCCUCACCAACGAACGUCGAAUGCCUCCGACAUCCUACUCAAAAUUUCCACGCAUGUAUAACCUAUAA